AUUUGCGCCAUUGGUGGAUCUUCCGGAUCGUGACGGCAGCGCUGCGCAUGCACAUUCGCUCCGAGCCCUCCUCCCGAGAGAGGGAGCUCGCGGGUCGGGGCUAGGGAAGGCUGACCUAGCUCGGACCGGGUGAAAGGGCGGCGACGGCACUGGGUGGGGCCGAGCUCCAGGGCUGGCUGCUGGGCUGCUAAGGGAACUGUGAGCCGCUCGGAGCCGCGCGCCUCUCGAGCGGGGCGGGGCCGGCUGAGGGAGUCCGCGCGUGCCCGCGCCGAGCUGCCUGCUCUGGCGGCUUCGCUGCUAGCUCGCGGCGACGUCAGGCCGGUUUUUCCAGGAUGACCGAGCUGAGGCAGAGAGUGGCCCAUGAGCCGGAUGCGCCACCGGAGGACAAGGAGUCAGAGUCAGAAGCAAAGGUAGAUGGAGAGACUGCAUCGGACAGUGAGAGCCGGGCAGAAUCUGCACCCCUGCCAGUCUCUGCAGAUGAUACUCCGGAGGUCCUCAAUAGGGCCCUUUCCAACUUGUCUUCAAGAUGGAAGAACUGGUGGGUGAGAGGCAUCCUGACUUUGGCCAUGAUUGCAUUUUUCUUCAUCAUCAUUUACCUGGGACCAAUGGUUUUAAUGAUAAUUGUGAUGUGUGUUCAGAUUAAGUGUUUCCACGAGAUAAUCACUAUUGGCUACAACGUCUACCACUCCUAUGAUCUGCCCUGGUUCAGGACCCUCAGCUGGUACUUUCUCCUGUGUGUAAACUAUUUCUUCUAUGGUGAGACAGUGACGGAUUACUUCUUCACCCUGGUCCAGAGAGAAGAGCCUUUGCGGAUUCUCAGUAAAUACCACCGGUUCAUUUCCUUUACUCUCUAUCUAAUAGGAUUCUGCAUGUUUGUACUGAGUCUGGUCAAGAAGCAUUAUCGACUGCAGUUCUACAUGUUUGGCUGGACCCAUGUGACGCUGCUGAUUGUUGUAACACAGUCACAUCUUGUUAUCCACAACCUAUUUGAAGGAAUGAUCUGGUUCAUUGUCCCCAUAUCUUGUGUGAUCUGUAAUGACAUCAUGGCCUAUAUGUUUGGCUUUUUCUUUGGUCGGACCCCACUCAUCAAGCUGUCCCCGAAGAAGACCUGGGAAGGCUUCAUUGGGGGCUUCUUUGCUACUGUGGUGUUUGGCCUUCUGCUGUCCUAUGUGAUGUCCGGGUACAGAUGCUUCGUCUGCCCUGUGGAGUACAACAACGACACCAACAGCUUCACUGUGGACUGUGAGCCCUCGGACCUGUUUCGCCUGCAGGAGUACAACAUUCCAGGGGUGAUCCAGUCAGUCAUUGGUUGGAAAACGGUCCGGAUGUACCCCUUCCAGAUUCACAGCAUCGCCCUCUCCACCUUUGCCUCGCUCAUUGGCCCCUUUGGAGGAUUCUUUGCAAGUGGAUUCAAACGAGCCUUUAAAAUCAAAGACUUUGCCAAUACCAUUCCUGGCCAUGGAGGUAUCAUGGAUCGCUUUGACUGCCAGUAUCUGAUGGCCACCUUUGUCAAUGUUUACAUCGCCAGUUUUAUCAGAGGCCCUAACCCAAGCAAACUGAUUCAGCAGUUCCUGACCUUACGGCCAGAUCAGCAGCUCCAUAUCUUCAACACGCUGCGGUCUCAUCUGAUCGACAAGGGGAUGCUGACAUCUGCCACAGAGGACGAGUAGGGGCCACCCAGGGCCAAAAGAACAGGAGCGGAACUGAGCAGGGGCAGGUCUCCAAGGCAAGCCCAGCUGGUGUGACUUAGACAAUGAUGAGGUUUCAACUCACUGUCUUUUUUUUUUUUGUAGGGUAUUUUUUAUUUGUGGGUUCAACAAAUCUGUACAUAAGCAGUCUAUGUGUUUAGAAUUUGCAUUGUGAGUAAACUACAGCUUUGAGUUGGAAAGAAGUCAUGGGUUGUAAAACCAUUAGGAUUUUUUUAAAACGAAAGUAUUUAUCUGGAAGACAGUGUUGCCCAGGUCAGGAGUGUUUUCUUGGUGGUUCCAGCCCCUAUCAAUUGAACUGUUUCUGGGCUCAAACACAGACAUUCAUCUGUGUCCAACCAAAUCAGGGGACUUCCCCACCUGUGGGGGGAGGCACAGCUUGGAUGUUUUGUACACCUAGUCUUUUCUAGAAAUCCCUGCUUGGAGCUGCAGGAGAGUUGCCUUCUGUAGGUCAGAGGAAUGGAGGCUUACUAACCAGAUAAGCCUUCUGUCCAUCCACACCAAAAUCCUGCAGAAUGUAAAUAAGCUCUGCUUUAUAAGAUGGGUUCACCUUCAUCACAGACUGAAAGAAAGUUUCCGUUUUUAUUUUUUUCAGAAAGCACGAAAAAUUAUUUAUAGUAGUCUGGAGAAAAAACACACUGUAAUAUUUCAAGUGUAUGCAGUAGAAUGUACUGUAACUGAGCCCUUUCCCACAUGUCUAGGCUCCAGUGUCUCCUGUAGGUCAGUCCACCUAACUGUGUGUUUUCAGGGACGAUGCCAUCCACAUAUGUGCUGUAGACUUUCUGCUGCUGAAUCCUUUCUGGGGACUUUCUCAUCAGGCAGGGAGCAGAGGGCUUCUCGUUCAUGCACCCUUUGCCUGAACACCCAUGUAGCUGCUGUGUUGUGUAUAUAUUACUCUUAAGAG